GCCGACUUGACACCUGUCUACAAAAUUCAUUGCUACAUAGGUUAUAAAAUUAUGAACAAUGACUAGUUUUGCUUUAGGUACCGAUUUAUCAAAGGAAACAGGUUCACUAGAGCAGGUUCACCAGGUGGAAUCCAGAGAAUACUGUAUACACUGAAUGCAAAAUGCAGUAUGCACCAUACAAUGUCAAUAACUAAAUCAAUAAAACUACUGAAAAG